AUGUCGAGUUAUUUCUCUGUCCAGCCGGUUCCCGACGUUCCGGUGGUUCCACCGUUCUCCAGCACGGAGAUUCAAGCUUGUUUCUCGGAUUUCAUCCGGGAGCACGAAUUUCCUACCCCGAGGCAGCCGCAUCAGCCGCAGCAUCCAGGAUCGUCGUCUGCGCAAGGUCUCAGCGGUUCGCUCAAUAUCCCGCCAGGUCAGUCGGGGUGUCCCAAUCCAAGGAGCUGCCAGCAUCUUCAUGUCUUGCGCCAGAUAGAACCAUCGGCUCGGAGGGAAAACAUCGCCAGUGAUUUCUACGCUUUCGAUGGUGCUGUGAGGCCCGGCGGUGAUACGAGGAUGGUCUGCCGCUACUGUCCGAAGGACCUGGCUCCUUGCCCUUUCGCUCACCCGCAGUACUACACAGAGCUCUACACUUCGGCGGAAACUCUCCGGCUGAACAUCUACAGAUCUGUAACCGGGGCAGUGAUCGGCAGAGGUGGCGAGAAUGUCGAUUUCAUACGACGCUUGACAAACGUCGAGGUGGGAAUCUAUGCGGACGAGGAGGAAGCUGAGAAGAGCAUCGUGGUCGUCCUCGGGUCUUGGCCGCAGAUUGAGCGGGCUAGGCAGCUCCUGGACUACCUCUUGCGGUGCUGCCGGAAUGCCAUCCAGGACGUGGGAUUUGGCUGCUACAAAGAAAGGCUGUGUGUCGACUACUUCCAUGGUACGUGCCGCUUUGGAAAUUCCUGCCACUUUGCUCACGGUAAGAGGGAGCAGCGGAAACCUCCUCGUCCUCCUCGUCCUUCCUGA